AUGAACCCCAACGUGUCCCUUACCUCCGCUCGCCAACGCCGCCUUUCUGCUCAUGCGGCGUCGACGCGCGACAUCCGACGCACUUCCGGCAACUCGGUGCUCUCUGGCGACCAUGGACCAAACCCAGGGACCACGCACACGGAGUUCAAUGGACAUAUCCCUACAAUAACGGAGGAAAUUAAUGAAAUCAAACGAUAUGAUAAUUUUACGACCAUAGAUUGGGUGCAGGAUGCGGUUCACGAACAAGCCCGGCGGCGAGCAUGGAAGAAACAGGGUGCCAGAUCCUGGGAUCAAGAGGGCGCGCCUGGCUGGAGACGUAAAGUCAGUGAAGCCUAUGAUGCUGGCCAGGCCUGGGUGGUUGUGACCAUUGUCGGAAUUGCCAUUGGCCUGAACGCGGCUUUUCUGAAUAUUGUCACCGAAUGGUUGGCGGACAUCAAACUGGGAUAUUGCACAACCGCCUUCUAUUUAAAUGAAGCCUUUUGCUGCUGGGAAGCAGAGCAGGGAAAAUGUCCUGAAUGGAGACGCUGGAGUACCUUGCCCCCGAUAAAUUACGUUGUAUAUUUCUUAUUUGCCAUUUUAUUCGCAUUUUCUGGUGCUGUCUUAAUCGAUUCCAUUGCCCCAUAUGCCGCCGGUUCAGGCAUAUCAGAGGUCAAAGUUAUCAUUGCAGGCUUUAUCAUGAAAGGGUUUCUGGGAGCUAGAACACUGUUAAUUAAAUCUAUUGGCUUGCCAUUAGCCAUUGCUUCCGGGCUUUCUGUCGGGAAAGAAGGGCCGAGUGUCCAUAUUGCAGUCUGCACUGGAAAUGUUAUUUCCCGGUGGUUUAGCAAAUACAGAAGACAUGCAGCUAAGACUCGAGAAAUUUUGACUGCAACAUCUGCUGCAGGUGUGGCUGUUGCCUUCGGAAGCCCUAUAGGUGGUGUACUAUUUUCCCUAGAAGAAAUGGCCUCCCAUUUUCCUCUCAAAACGCUAUGGAGAAGUUAUUUUUGUGCUUUGGUUGCUACUAGCAUUCUUGCUGCAAUGAAUCCAUUUCGCACGGGUCAAAUAGUUAUGUUCCAGGUCAAAUACGACCGAACAUGGCACUUUUUUGAACUAAUCUUCUUUGUGCUCCUUGGAAUUUUUGGCGGACUAUAUGGUGCUUUUGUUAUGAAGUGGAAUCUCCGGGCACAGGCAUUCAGGAAGAAAUAUCUGUCCCAUCAUCCCGUCCUUGAAGCAACAGUUUUGGCUGGGCUAACCGCACUUAUCUGCUACCCUAACAUGUUCAUGAGGAUUACCAUGACCGAGAUGAUGGAAAUCCUUUUUCGUGAAUGCGAAGGCAAACAUGACUACAACGGGAUAUGCCAGGCUGCUCGCCGAUGGUCGAUGGUAUUUUCCCUUUUUAUGGCAACCAUAUUGCGAGUUUUCUUUGUGAUUAUUUCCUAUGGCUGCAAAGUUCCGGCUGGUAUUUUCGUACCAUCAAUGGCUAUAGGAGCAUCAUUCGGACGCAUGGUUGGUAUUCUUGUCCAAGCACUACAAGAAUCGUUCCCAGACUCUAGAUUUUUUUCAUCAUGUGAACCCGAUGUUCCGUGUAUAACACCAGGAACAUACGCAUUUCUAGGCGCAGGUGCCGCGCUGAGCGGUAUCAUGCACCUAACAAUUUCGGUCACUGUCAUUAUGUUUGAAUUGACGGGUGCUUUGACGUAUAUCCUGCCGACCAUGAUUGUUGUUGGAGUUACUAAAGCUGUUAGUGAUCGAUUUGGAAGAGGAGGUAUCGCGGAUCGAAUGAUUUGGUUUAAUGGCUUUCCGUUUUUGGAUAGCAAAGAAGAGCAUAUAUUCAAUGUUCCUGUCUCCCACGCCAUGACAAAUAACCCCGUUGUUCUUCCAGCAGCAGAUUUUCCCGUUCAUCAAGCUGAUCAACUCCUUGAAAACAACAAAUUUCAAGGGUUUCCGAUUGUUGAAGAUCUUACAUCACGCACAUUGAUUGGGUUUAUAGGGCGUACAGAGUUUCAGUACGCACUCAGCCGAGCAAAGCGAGAAGGCCUCCUAUCGUCUAACGCAAAAUGUCGUUUUGUUCCUCAAUCUCACGCAUUCGACCCUGACUUAUCGUCCACUCCACCCCCCAGCGUUUAUUUAGAUACUCCAGCUUCGUCGUCUAGACCCCCAGAUACACAUCUAAACCCUCCUCAAACAUUUGAUGAUAUUGCAACAUCAUCUGGGACCAACUCCAUCGAUUUAAGUCUGUACGUCGACGUCGCCCCUAUAACAGUUCACCCUCGUCUGCCUCUCGAAACCGUUAUGGAAAUUUUUAAAAAGAUGGGGCCGCGUGUGAUCCUAGUUGAACAUCGUGGUCGAUUAUCAGGGCUUGUUACCGUGAAAGACUGCCUAAAAUACCAGUUCAAAGUAGAACACCAGGAGCUUGCCGAGUCAAACGGGGAUAGGGCCCCUUCCAGUGCAAACAUCAGGGAGGGAUUAGUAGAGCAGAAGGCAUGGGAGAUUAUCCAAUGGAUUGGUAGAAAAGUUCCGUUAUGGAGAAAGCAACGCACUCGAUGGGAGAAUGAAUCUGACAAUGCACAUAGGGGUCAACGAGAUGACUCUUUUGAUAUCAUUGACGGGAUAGAAGAUAUUGAUGGAGCCGAUGGCGUCGUGGAAUUGGAAGAGAGAGACGAUGCGAGAUUAUAUUAA